AUGACAGAAAGCUGUUUAUCUUAUUUCCAUUUCUUAAUAAUAGCUCUUCAUUUGUCAAAAAAAUAUAAUCUAAAAUUUCAAAGAAGGUUGUAUCAAGACCUUAUAGACACUUAUUGCUAUAAAAAAAAAUUAAAUAUAAAAAAAUUUAUACUUGAUAAUAAGUUUUACUUAUACUAUGAAGACUUAAAUUAUUUAUAUAAAUAUACAAAAGAAAUAUGUAAAAAAGGUAAUAGUGAAAAUUUAAUAAAAUAUGCAUAUAUUUACUGUUGCUAUAAACUUAGAAAAGAAAACAGCAAAGUAAUUGUUUUAAUGAUUCUAGAUCAUGAUUUUAUAAUAUAUAACUGCAAUAAUAAUCUCUAUGAAAAUUAUAAAAAAAAAGAUUUGAAAAUUUAUGAAAAUAACUUUUAUGAUGUUAAAUCAUUGCCAGGUUAUAGUGCUGCAUAUUACUUAUUAGGAAAAUUAUAUGAACAGGAAGCUAAAAAAGAAUUUAUUAAUGAAAUAAAAAAAAAAAAAUUAAUAGAUAUAUCAUUCUAUUGCUAUUAUUUAUGUUAUAAAACAUGCCCUUUUUUAAUAUGUUCUUUUAAAAAAUUAUUACUUAUAUAUAACAACUUUUAUUCAAGUAAAUAUACAGAAGAAAUAAAAAAAAUUUCAAAAUUUUAUAACUUUAGAAUACAUAUUUACGGGAAAUGGAAAUAUGGAUCAAUUAAAAAGCAAGAAUUACAUGAGCAAAUAAGGAAUAGUGACUUUGAUAAUAGCGUAUUAGAAUUAAUAGAAUUAGAAGAUCAAAUAAAUAACACAAAUAUAAAAAAUUGUGAGUUUAUAUUCUCAUUAAUAGAAGAAGACAAAAUAAAUAAUUUUUUUUUAAAUUGGAUACAGAUUUUAAAAGAUUCAAAUGUCCCAAUAAAUAGUAAAAGUAAAUUUAUUUCAAAAGAGGCGAUAUAUGAUAUAUCAACAGUAGGAAAAUUUUAUUUUUAUCUAUACUCAAAUAAUAUUAAGAAAUCAUUAUUCUUAUUAGAUAAGUGGGAAAAUAAGCCAAUUUUUAGUAUUAUUGUUUUUUAUUUUAAGGGAUUAUGCUAUUUUUUACUUAGAAAUUACAGAAAAUCUGCAUUUUUUUUUGAGAAAAUUCAUGAUAUUGAAUGCUAUUUCACAAAGCACUUGCCAAUUUUAUCCACUUGUUAUUGGCACUUGAAGCAGUUAAAUAAAAUAGAAUAUAUUUUAAUAAGCUAUCCAAAGAAAGAAAUCAAUGAAUAUUUUGUGUGCCUCAUAGGAAAUUAUUUUUCGUUAAAAAAUAACAAAGAAUUAUCUGCUUAUUUUUUUAGAAAAGCAAUGAAGUUAAAUACUUUAUAUGAAUAUGCAUACAUUCUUUAUUCAUGCGAAAUGAAAAAUUUAGGAAAAAUAAGAAAAGCAGUAAUAGCAUUAUCAAGAUGUCUUCAAAUAAAUCCCUGUAAUUACAAGGCACAUUUAUUAUUAAGUAUUAUAUUAUUUCAAUAUGGAGAUGUUGAAUUAGCAAAUAUACAUUUAAGCUUAUCUCUCAAAUUAAAUAUUGAAGAUCCUAUUAUAUGCAUAUAUUCCGCAUUACUAUAUGAUCAUAAUGAAAAAUAUGAAACAGCUUUACUUUGUCUAGAACAAGCUCAAAAAAAUUUUUAUGAAGGCCUUGAUUUGUAUAUCCUACAAGGAAUCAUAUUUUUAAAGAUGAAAAGAAAUUUAGAUGCUUUAAAUAGUUUUCUGAGAGCACAAAAAAUUUAUCCCAAUUGUAAUUAUAUUAAUACAUUUAUAGCCUUAGCAUUAGCUUUAGAAAAAAAAUUUGAAAAAUCUAAAAAAUUAGUAAAAGAAAUAGUUAUUCAAAAUUCAAAUCAUAUAAAUAGAAGGUUAUUAGAAGACAUUAAUGAUUGCUGUACUUUAAAAAAAAUUCCAAAUAUAUACCUAUUAAAUAAAGUAGAAUUUUUUUAUAAAUAA